AUGUGGACCACCGGCACAAUCUGCUGCAUCUUGGGCAGCGUUCUCCUUGGAGAUGCACAGACUGUCAAUCUAGGAAGCGCAGCGGCAUUUGGAGCAAUCGCCCCUGCUGGAAUCGACAACACUGGAAGUACUGUCAUCGAUGGAAAUAUCGGAACUACUGGAAUAACCAUCACCGGCUUUCCUCCAGGACUAUACACGGGCUCCCUCGAGAUUAACAAUAGCGUUGCUAUCACUGCCAAUGCCGACUACGCGGCAGCAUACGCACAAGGUCAAUCUCUUGCACCGACUGUAGACCAGGCAGGGCUCUACACUCUACAAGGCCAAACACUAGGUCCCGGUGUAUAUAGAUACGAUGGAGCGAUAUCUCUCGAUGGAGUUCUUACCCUGUCAGGCAGUGGCACUUAUGUUUUCCAGCUGCCUUCUACUCUCACCACCAUCACCAGCUCCAGCGUAGUCCUUAUCAAUGGAGCGUCUGCUUGUGAUGUUUACUGGAUCAUUGGAAGUGCCGCGACCUUUGGCGCGGCCACCAACUUCGCUGGCAACAUCCUGGCGUCUGGCGCUAUAACACUUACUACUGGAGCUUCUGUUCAGGGAGGUCUGUACGCUGGCACUGCAAUCACCCUGGAUGGCAAUGUCGUUAACGCCUGUGGUAUUCCGCCGCCGAUCUACAGCGAUCCUGGCCAGAGUCCUGCGUCCACGUCUUCCGCAAUUUCCGCGACAACGCUCACAGCCUCGCCACCAGGAGGUGACGACACUUCUAUUCCGAUCCUCACAACGACAUUUUUCCCGUCUGCGUCUUCCGCAGUUCCUACAGCAACGCUCACAGCUCAGCCGCCACCAAGCACUCCUGGCUCCGUCUUUUCAUCAACACUGCCUCCGUCUGCGUCUUCUGUAUUACCCGGGGAAACUUUCACAACCCAACUGCCAUCGAGUUCUAGCCCUCCUGGACCAGUCAUUUCGUCGACAGUUCUUUCGUCUCCAUCUCCCCCUACUGCCGUGGCAACAGUUACGGCUUCGUUACCAACGAGCUCCAGCUCUGCGGGCAACAUUCCGUCGACCACUCCACUGAUUACUUCGACGGAGUUGACCACAGUCCCUGGAACAGCCGGAACAGUCGCGUUACCAACCACGUCGCUUGCUUCGCCCAUAAUCUCUACCGCCUCUGGCCCAAUCUUCUCGACGAAUCCACCGGUCCCCUCAUUGGAUUCAUCCCCCGUCUUUGUAACAUCUGUACCGCCACCCACGACGCCAAUAGCUUUUAUUUCGUCCACGCUGCUUUCGACGUCGCAAUCGCCUAUGUCAGCCUCAGUCACGUCCGAGGCCAACCUAUCCCCGGUUUCAUCCACUUUGCUUCCACCAACAACGUCUCCCACAACGACGUCUUCUACAAUACCCUUGACCCCAAUCUCAUCUACUGAUCUCUCGCCAUCGAGUUCAUCUACUGCCAUUUUGUCGACUACACCAUCCACCACCUUUCCAAGGUCGUUCUCGUCGACUGCGAAUACGGUCUCGACGGCCUUGUCGACGACUGGGACUGCGUCAACGUCAAGCACAGCCAAAAGUUACAGCACGAUCACCACCAUCACAUGCAUCAGGUCGAAGCCGAUCGAGACCACCACACAUCUGACUUACACAACGAUCAGCACAUGUGUAUGCAAAACGCAGCAGACUGUGACUACCACCACCUGCAAGCGCCCCUCAACCACAACAGAGAGGCCCACCACCACAGCCAUGAAGUGCACUAAGUGUCUACACAAGAAGGUUCAGCAUUGA